AUGACGUCCCCCAGCGAGCCCGAGAUCCUGUGGCGCCCUGCGAAUGGCGACGCUACGCCCAUGGGAGUUUACCGCCGGCAUGUCAAUGAGAAGUUUGGCCUCAAUCUGCGAGACACCAAGGAGCUGCAUAAAUGGUCCGUGACGCAGCCUCACGACUUCUGGAUCGAUCUGUAUGGGCAUCUGGGUAUUGUGCCCCCGUUACCCAAGACCACGAAGAAGGCCUACGACGACAGACUACCCAUGAGCAAGAUCCCUCCGUUCUUCCCUGGGCUAGAGUUGAACUACGCCGAAAAUGUGCUCUUCGCCAACUCCAAUCCGGCAGCACCGGCGGUGAUUGAAAUUCGGGAGGACCAGGAUAUUUACAAUGGCCAGCCGAUUGUUCUCACCUGGGAGGGAUUCCGAGAACAGGUCCGUCAGGUUGCGAGCGCGCUGAGAGCUAGCGGGAUCAAAAAGGGAGAUGUGGUCGCCGCUCUCGUGGCGUCGUCCAACUGGGUCAUUGUACUGUUCCACGCCGUGGCUUCGAUCGGAGCCAUCUUCACCUGCAUUUCCCCAGAGCUCGGAGUCAAUGGGUGCGUGUCGCGACUCCAGCAGGUCAGCCCUCGCAUCCUUUUCGCAGACAGCCACGUUCUGUACAAGGGCAAGGUCGACCCGACCGCGGCGAAACUGGGCGAGAUUCUCCAGAAAUUGCGACAAAAACCGCAGGUUUAUGUGAUCCCCGUCUCACACACCACCCAGUCCAAAUUCCCCUUCAUCAAGGACUUUGUCCAGAAAUCAAACCCCAGAGACCCUCUGACCUUUACGCGAGUCCCUUUCAACCACCCUCUCAUGAUAUGUUACUCCUCGGGGACGACCGGUGCGCCCAAAUGUAUUGUGCACUCACACGGAUUCAUCCUGAACGCGAAAAAGAUCUCGGCUAUCCACAACGGUCUCCACGAAGGGGACGUCAUCACGCAAUUCUCCAAUACUUCGUGGGUGGUGUUUUAUGUCAUGACAGGCCACUUGACGACUGGUGUCACCUUGGUGAUAUAUAAUGGCAGUCCCUUAUUCCCUGAUUCAAAGCAGCUGCUUCGUAUCUGUGAUAGGUUUAAAGUGACGUACUUGGGCGUUUCUCCGCGCCUGCUCCUGGAGAUCCAGAUGCUGGGGACGAUCCCGAAGAAGGAAUUCGACCUCUCACCUCUGCGGUUGGUCUACACCACCGGCGCCCCUCUAGCAAUCGAACAGUAUCGAUGGUUCUAUCGAUCUUUUCCACCCUCGGUACAGAUUUGUAACGCCGCCGGUGGGACAGACACGGCCACGUCGAUUGUCACCAUAGACACUUGCGGGCCCCUUUAUGCGGGCGAGAUGCAAGUGGCGGCAUUGGGGAUGGAUCUCGACAUUCUCGAUCCCGACACGGGGGAUUCGAUCGCUCAUACUGGCGAGGCCGGCGAGCUGGUCAUCCGGAAACCCUUCCCCACCAUGCCGUGUUUCUUCUGGGGCGACCGAGACGGUUCCAUAUAUCACUCUGCCUACUUUGAAAGCUUUGACCAUCUCGACGUCUGGUCGCAACAUGACUGGCUGAGUAAAAAUCCCAAGACGGGUGGAUACACGAUGCACGGGAGGAGCGAUAGCGUCCUGAAUCCAUCGGGAGUCCGCUUCGGGAGCGGCGAGGUGUACGGGAUCGUCGAGACGCAGCAGUUCACCGAGUACAUCAGCAACAGCCUCUGCGUGGGCCGUCGGAGGCCGCAGGACAAGGACGAGCAAGUGUUUUUGUUCCUGGUCAUGAACCCGGGCGUCACCCUGACCGAGGAGCUGCGCAACAAAGUCCGCACGGCGAUCCGCAACGGCCUGUCGCCGCGCCACGUGCCCAAGUUUAUCAUCCAAGUCCCUGCCAUUCCGACGACGAUCAAUGGCAAGAAAGUCGAGAUUGCCGUGAAACAGGUGAUCAGCGGCAAGGACGUCAAGCCCAGUGCCACGGUGCAAAACCCCGAGGCUAUUGAGUGGUUCAAGCGGUACCGAACCCUGGAGGUGCCGCCGAGGGAGAGCAAGUUGUAG